GGUGGUGGGGCCGUUGCCGCAGUGACAGUGCUGGGGGAGUCCGAAGAUGGCGGCGUCGCGUCGCUCUCAGCAUCAUCACCACCAUCAUCAGCAACAGCUCCAGCCCGCCCCAGGGGCUUCGGCGCCGCCGCCGCCACCUCCCCCACCUCUCAGCCCCGGCCUGGCCCCGGGGACCACCCCGGCCUCGCCGACGGCUGGUGGCCUGGUCCCCUUCGCUUCCCCGCGGCACGGCCUAGCGCUGCCGGAGGGGGAUGGCAGUCGGGAGCCUCCCGACAGGCCCCGAUCCCCGGACCCGGUUGACAGCACCAGCUGUUGCAGCAGCACCAGCAGCACUGUGUGUACGGUCUCCGCCGUCCCCGGGGUCCCGGUGGCUUCCGUCUCAUCUGCCGUCGGGGUCGCUCCUAACCCAGCCGGCGGUGGCAGCAACAAUUCACCAUCCUCUUCCUCUUCUCCGACUUCUUCCUCGUCUUCCUCUCCGUCGUCCCCUGGAUCGAGUUUGGCCGAAAGCCCCGAGGCGGCUGGAGUGAGCACCACAACAACUUUGGGGCCUGGGGCCGCGGGGCCCGGGACGGGGGUCCCGGCGGUGAGCGGGGCGCUUCGGGAACUGCUGGAGGCCUGUCGCAAUGGGGACGUGUCCCGGGUGAAGAGGCUGGUGGACGCCGCGAACGUGAACGCUAAGGACAUGGCUGGCCGGAAGUCUUCUCCCUUGCACUUCGCGGCAGGUUUUGGGAGAAAGGAUGUUGUAGAACACUUACUGCAGAUGGGUGCCAAUGUCCAUGCUCGUGAUGAUGGAGGGCUCAUCCCACUUCAUAAUGCCUGUUCUUUUGGCCAUGCUGAGGUUGUGAGUCUGUUACUGUGCCAAGGAGCAGAUCCAAAUGCCAGGGAUAACUGGAACUAUACACCUCUGCAUGAAGCUGCUAUCAAAGGGAAAAUUGAUGUCUGCAUUGUGCUGCUGCAGCACGGAGCUGAUCCAAACAUUCGGAACACUGAUGGGAAAUCAGCCUUGGACCUGGCAGAUCCUUCAGCAAAAGCUGUCCUUACAGGUGAAUACAAGAAAGACGAACUCCUAGAAGCUGCUAGGAGCGGUAAUGAAGAAAAACUAAUGGCUUUACUGACUCCUCUAAAUGUGAAUUGCCAUGCAAGUGAUGGGCGAAAGUCUACUCCUUUACAUCUAGCAGCAGGAUACAACAGAGUAAGGAUAGUUCAGCUGCUCCUUCAGCAUGGCGCGGAUGUACAUGCCAAAGACAAAGGUGGGCUUGUGCCUCUUCAUAAUGCGUGUUCAUAUGGACAUUAUGAAGUCACAGAACUGCUACUAAAGCAUGGAGCGUGUGUUAAUGCUAUGGAUCUCUGGCAGUUUACUCCUCUGCAUGAGGCUGCUUCCAAAAAUCGUGUAGAAGUCUGCUCUCUGUUACUUAGCCAUGGUGCUGACCCUACAUUAGUCAACUGUCAUGGCAAAAGUGCUGUGGAUAUGGCUCCAACUCCUGAGCUCCGGGAGAGAUUGACUUAUGAAUUCAAAGGUCAUUCUUUACUACAAGCAGCUAGAGAAGCAGACCUAGCCAAAGUUAAAAAAACACUCGCUUUGGAGAUCAUUAAUUUCAAACAACCACAGUCUCAUGAAACAGCACUGCACUGUGCUGUGGCUUCCUUGCAUCCCAAACGGAAACAAGUAACAGAACUGUUACUUAGAAAAGGAGCAAAUGUCAAUGAAAAAAAUAAAGAUUUCAUGACUCCCCUGCAUGUUGCAGCAGAAAGAGCUCAUAAUGACGUCAUGGAGGUUCUGCACAAGCACGGAGCAAAGAUGAAUGCACUGGACACCCUUGGUCAGACUGCUUUGCAUCGAGCUGCACUAGCAGGUCAUCUGCAGACCUGCCGCCUCCUACUGAGCUAUGGCUCUGAUCCUUCCAUCAUCUCCCUACAAGGCUUCACUGCAGCACAGAUGGGGAAUGAAGCAGUGCAGCAGAUCCUGAGUGAGAGCACACCUAUACGUACUUCAGAUGUGGACUACCGACUCUUGGAAGCAUCGAAAGCUGGUGAUUUGGAAACUGUGAAGCAACUUUGCAGCCCACAAAAUGUGAAUUGCAGAGACCUGGAGGGCCGGCAUUCUACCCCCUUACACUUCGCGGCAGGUUACAAUCGUGUGUCUGUCGUGGAGUACCUUCUACACCAUGGUGCCGAUGUCCAUGCCAAAGACAAGGGUGGCUUGGUGCCCCUCCACAAUGCCUGUUCCUAUGGGCACUAUGAGGUCGCUGAGCUCUUAGUGAGGCAUGGGGCAUCUGUCAAUGUGGCCGACUUGUGGAAAUUUACCCCGCUCCAUGAAGCAGCAGCCAAAGGAAAAUAUGAAAUCUGCAAGCUCCUCCUAAAACAUGGAGCAGAUCCAACUAAAAAAAACAGAGAUGGAAAUACACCUCUAGAUUUGGUCAAAGAAGGAGACACAGAUAUUCAAGACUUGCUGAGAGGGGAUGCUGCCUUGUUGGAUGCUGCCAAGAAGGGCUGCCUGGCAAGAGUGCAGAAACUUUGUACACCAGAGAAUAUCAACUGCAGAGACACCCAGGGCAGGAAUUCCACUCCGCUGCAUCUGGCAGCGGGCUAUAAUAACCUGGAAGUAGCUGAAUAUCUUCUAGAACAUGGAGCAGAUGUAAAUGCCCAGGACAAAGGUGGUUUAAUUCCUCUUCAUAAUGCUGCAUCUUAUGGGCAUGUUGACAUAGCUGCUUUACUAAUCAAAUACAAUACAUGUGUAAAUGCAACCGAUAAGUGGGCAUUUACUCCUCUUCAUGAAGCAGCCCAAAAAGGAAGGACACAGUUAUGUGCCCUACUCCUAGCACAUGGUGCAGAUCCAACUAUGAAGAAUCAAGAAGGUCAGACACCUUUAGAUUUGGCAACCGCUGACGAUAUCCGAGCAUUGCUGAUAGAUGCCAUGCCCCCAGAGGCCUUACCUACCUGUUUCAAACCUCAGGCAACCGUAGUGAGUGCCUCUCUCAUCUCACCAGCAUCCACUCCCUCCUGCCUCUCUGCUGCCAGCAGCAUAGAUAACCUGACUGGCCCUUUAGCAGAGUUGGCAGUGGGAGGGGCCUCCAAUGCAGGGGAUGGUGCAGCUGGAACAGAAAGGAAGGAAGGAGAAGUUGCGGGUCUUGACAUGAAUAUCAGCCAGUUCCUAAAAACGCUUGGCCUUGAACACCUGCGGGAUAUCUUUGAAACAGAACAGAUUACACUAGAUGUUUUGGCUGACAUGGGUCAUGAAGAGUUGAAAGAAAUAGGGAUCAACGCAUAUGGACAUCGCCACAAAUUAAUCAAAGGAGUAGAAAGACUUUUAGGUGGACAACAAGGAACCAAUCCUUACUUGACUUUUCAUUGUGUAAAUCAGGGAACUAUUUUGCUAGAUCUUGCUCCAGAAGAUAAAGAAUAUCAGUCAGUAGAAGAAGAGAUGCAGAGUACUAUUCGAGAACAUAGAGAUGGUGGGAAUGCUGGUGGCAUCUUUAACAGAUACAAUGUCAUUCGAAUUCAAAAAGUUGUCAACAAGAAGUUGAGAGAGCGAUUCUGUCACAGACAAAAGGAAGUAUCUGAAGAGAACCACAACCAUCACAAUGAGCGCAUGCUCUUUCAUGGUUCUCCUUUCAUUAAUGCCAUUAUUCAUAAAGGGUUUGAUGAGCGACAUGCUUACAUCGGAGGAAUGUUUGGAGCUGGAAUUUAUUUUGCUGAAAACUCCUCUAAAAGCAACCAGUAUGUUUAUGGGAUUGGUGGAGGAACAGGCUGCCCCACACACAAAGAUAGGUCAUGUUAUAUAUGUCACAGACAAAUGCUUUUCUGUAGAGUGACCCUUGGAAAAUCUUUUCUGCAAUUCAGCACCAUGAAAAUGGCUCAUGCUCCUCCAGGUCAUCAUUCAGUUAUUGGUAGACCAAGUGUCAAUGGGCUGGCAUAUGCUGAAUAUGUCAUCUACAGAGGCGAACAGGCAUACCCAGAGUAUCUCAUCACAUACCAGAUUGUGAAACCAGAAGCCCCCUCACAGACCGCCACAGCUGCAGAACAGAAGACCUAGUAAAUGCCUCCCCACCCCCAGUAAAAACCAGAUCGAAUGCCAACCUGGGACUAGAUUACAGUGGAUUGUGUUCAACAACAAAAAAAAAAUCCAUAGUCUCUUCAUCCUUGACAGCCUAGAAAUAAGCUACUCGUCUUUUAUAAAGCAUUGCGAUAGUGAUAAGUAUAUUAUGAAUAACAAAUACUCAACUGCUACUGUUCCCUUUGAGGGAAUGUUUACAAGGGCGGCCUUUUAACAUAUCUCAGGCUCAUUCUCAUUGCAGUUACCCAUUUCUUAAGCCAGAUUUCUUUGAUCUAGACUUGGAAAUGGAAAAAGAAAACCAAUACUGUCUCAUAUGUUCAUAAUCGCACACUACAUUUGCUUUAUGUGUAUGACAUAUAACAGACAUACACAUAUGACAGGCUCAUUGAACUUUUUUUCAAACAUGCAUCAUUGGUGCUUUUUUACUUUGAAAAUGAGCCCCGAGCCCUUCCCAGGAUAUUUUGAACAAGUCACACUGAAUAAUACCAUUAACAGUGUAGUGCAGCCUGAGCUUCUGGCUAAGCAAGAUGCUAUUUCCACUUUUUUGUUGGUUUUGUAUCUGUGCUUGUUGUGAACACAAAUGAAGAUGAAAAGGAAAAACAUCAAACUUUAAUUUCCUUUUUCUAGUCUGCCCAGCUUACAAGGGAAGACACAGACCAUCAGGCUGACUUAGGAGCUGAUGAGAUAUUAGAGCCAGGAACAGCCACUUCCUUUUUCCAGUACAGCCUGCUGCAUGGGGAGUUCAGGACAGUGCUGGAACCCAGAAAGCAUAGUCAGGAACACAUCUGAGUGAAGUAAUUAUGACUUCUGUUCCCCAGUGAACUGCCUACAAGGCGCUGGCUAGUCAGCCUACAAACAGGGAGCUUGAUGAGAAGCACCUGGCUGUGCACAUUGCAGCCAAGAAGCGUGGAAGGGACUUCUCACAGAAUAGGUGACACUUCCCUUCAGUCGCCCUGUACCACCAGAACUGGGGUCCUCAAAAGUAACUGCCUUAUUCCCAAAGUCAGUGAACCUAUUGUACUUCAUUAAGGUCUCAAAACAUUUUAUUGUCUCUUUAGUUUAGAAAGCUAGGACUCAACCUGUGUAAUAGAUGUACACAAAUGCAAGAACUUUUUGACUUCAGAUUUGAAGGGUAUUUUGAGUAGCAUGCUUCAAAUAGUUUAUAAAGAUCUCUGCACUAAAUUUUUGAGCUAUUCUUAAUAUAUUUAGACAAAAAAUUGAAACCAAAGCCCUUUUGGUUAUUUUUUUUAAUGAAUUUGAUAAGGAAGCACCAUACUGCUUCUUCUCCCCAACAUUUGCAAAGUACAUAUUGACAGUAAUGAAAGUUACCCACUUCAGUCCUUAGGCUUGCCCUGUUCACCAUGACUGAGUAUUGGGCAGAGUGCAUAUUUUUAUUUACUUGACAUGCUGUGCAUCUCACUCAGCUUUGAAGCAAAAGUAAUGUGAACAUCAUAGAAAAAUAAGAACCAGUGUAAACCUGCCACAUCCAUUGAAAGUCCUGAAAACUAAUAUAACUUUUCUUUUUAGUGCAGUCUGAUUAAGCUGUGACCUCCUUUAAGUUUCCAAACGUGAAAUAAAAUGGCUACAUGCAAAAUCUUAGAAAUAAGCUCUCGAAAUAACCUUUUUUUGUGGCUUUAGCCCAAUGCUAGAACGAGGCACUGAGACUGCUGAAUUUUCUAUUUGAAGCUUGCAUGGGUCCUCAAAGCUCAGCCAAGAGUUAGCGCUACCUGCUGCUUCUGUUGAAGUGUCAGUGGCCAUGGGUCCUCAAAGCUCAACCAAGAGUUAGUGCUACCUGCUGCUUCUGUUGAAGUGUCAGUGACCUAGGCUGGGUGCUUUUUUUUUGGCUGUGUAUUUAGUGGCACUAGAGGGCUUUUUUCCUCCUUCCCUUCUUUUUUGCUGUGUGUAAAAUGGUUGAAGACCUGGCUCUCGGUGUCAUUUUCAGUAGCUGUGGAGUGUGUAUUACUCGCCCUCACCUCCAACAUAGUCAGAACAGUAAAUACAGCUGUGAGUUUUAGUUAAAUAAACAAGUUAAUAUGGUGUAGAUAUGGACAGCUCUAUAGCUUCAUUAAAAAGAUAAACCACUACCCAACUGUGGUUGGAUGUUGUGUUAUUUCCAUCAUAUACUAAUUAGAUUCAUACAUGUGCCAGUUUUAAAUGUGGGCUUUACACUUGAGAAGUUAAGAUUGUGGUUCAUUCAACUGCCAGUGUUCUAUGUCUGAUGUUCUGUAUACCUAGUAAAGGUACAUGUAAAGAAGACAUCGCAGCGCUUUUAGUCGAUUCAAGCAUGUCAUAGGUCUUGAAAGAGUGUAUGUACAUUAUCAAUUAAAGAGAUUAGGUUAAGGGAUAUAUCACAGGAGCCAAAUAGAUUUUUUCAGAACUUGAAAGCCAAAGGUCAUCAUGAGUAUACUUAAAAGUUAGCAAAAGUUGAUCACACUUGGAAUUUCCAUAUAUAGUAAUGUGAGGAACCUUCUGGAAUAUAAAAGUGUGGCAUUAAAUUUAACUAGGCUCUGUUUAAUUUCUUAUAUAUGCACUAUUGAAAAACACAAGUUUGGGACUCCCUGAAACACACCUUCUGAUUCCCAAACUGAACAGAAGAGAGAAUCCUGACAUUUCUGCCAUUGCUACCAGCUUUUACCAGAGUUCAAAUCAAAGGGCUUCUUUAGGUCUGAGGGGCCCAGUUUUCCAGGGUUUUUUUGUUUGUUUGUUUGUUUGUUUGUUUGUUGUGGCUAAACUGGGGAUAUUUAGGCAUAAAUUAAGUGCUCUAAAUACUUUCCUUCUUGGACUUACCUUUGCCUUUCCCUCAAUUGCUAGUUGUAAUUUUAGAAAGCUCUAAUUGCCUUUUACCCCACUUAUUUUCUCUCUUCAUCUUGAGUCUUACAAAAAGAAUCUGGGUAUCUCUCCAUUUCCAUAUCACAACCAGAACUGUGCUCAAAAUUUCUGCCAGUUUGUUAGCAAACGACCACAUGGAACCCAGAGUUUUUCUUCUACACAAAAUGAUAGCAGUACACCAGGAUUCUUAUUUUCUCUUCCUCUUUAGCAAUCCAGAAUUUCUAGCCAAGUAGAAAUUCUAGCCAAGCAGCUUACGUAAAUAAACAAUAUUGUGUGUAGUCACAAAAUAACAAGCAUCCUUGUGCUCCUUUGAGCUUGAUGAUAUUGGCUGAUCUCCCUUUGCUGUCUUAAAAUAGCCAAGUGCAUUGAAACAUAUAGAGAAAUGCCUAAACAUGACAAGCAAACACUAAUAUAGAUUCACUUUCUAUUGUCAUAGAUAUUGUACAAAAACAAAAUUUUGUUUAAAGCAGGAAAACAGUUCUACCAAAUGCAAUAGGCUGUUGAGAUUUUUCUCUAUUUCAGCAUAUUCUCUAAAUGCACAAAGUGUUAUUAAACAUUGUUCUCCUUCCCUUUUCAAAUGUGCAUUAAAUGGAUUCCUGUAAAUGGUCUCACAAACAGUUUUCUAAGCGGCUUUCCACCAGUGCACCUAGACCUCAGUUGUGUGAUAUCUAUGGUAGCCUUCUGACUGUGUUUCUUUCAGAGUAAUUAUCUUCCUACAGCUACGGACUUUAGUCAUUCAACAAAUGUUCAAACCUGACAUUAAACUAGGGUUUAGUGUGUCAGACAUUUACUUAAAGACUGAAGUUUGUAGGAUGUUAAAUCAAUGACAGAGAAAUGAAAAUAAUACUUGCUACUCUGAGCACAUCUAACAUUGGGAAAGGAAGAACAGUCCAAAAAUACCACCUUUUAAGAGAGGCUGCUUCUGGCAACUUGUGCAUUCUGCAAUUAAUAGGCAGUUUUUCUUCUUAAGAAAGCCUUAACUUGGCAGACAUUUUUUAAUCUUUUAUAUCCUGAUGUGUGAAACAGUCUAAUUCUAUUUCUUAGCAUUGGAACGGUGUCACUGAAUGGGGUAUGUCUCCAUGUAUUACGUAUAUGGUAAGCUGACGAGGGAAUAUUUCCUAAUACGCCCUCACAUACAACAGCGAACAGAAUCAAUACGUUCCAAUUUCUCCAUAUCUGAAACUCCUCAUAUCUUGUGGUUUGGAGAAAUGCUAAGAUUUCAAAGCCUGUUAAAUUGUACAUAUGGGAAUAUAAUAACAACCGUGAUACCAUGUAGCAUUUGCACAGUGUGCGAGCUAUUUUUUAAUCAUUUUAAAAUAGAAACUAUGAUAUAUUAAACUGAACACCUGUA